AACAGACUAUCGGCCGAGUUGAUCUUAUAAGAAUAUCAUGGUGCCAUCUGUUAAAUGUAAUAUAUGCAUCAUCUGUCAUGUGUAUUAUUGUAUUGUGCUGAGUCGGUAUUAUUGAAAAUGAUAUGAAGAUGGUAACAGAAUUUUGAAGUUCUUCGAUAAGAUACGUCAAUCGCGGUGCUCAGUAUGAAAUUCAUUUAUACUUACAAGUGUGUGUUGAUACAACUUGUUAUACAGUGCAUAUCAAUUUAAAGUAUUCCACGUUACUUUUGUGUUUAUUAGAUUUUGAGAAAAUAGUUGCAUAAAAAGAAUUUGUAGCAAUGUUUGAAUGGGCAUAUGAUGGUGUUAAUGCCUCUAUACCACGUAAUGUAGGACCAGAAUGUGCAUAUUAUUUAAGUUUAAAACAAAGAAUUAUUGAAACAUUAUUUAUAUCAAUAUUCAUAAUAAGUUUUCUAGUAUGGGGUUACAGAAGAAUCAAAUUACCGUCUAAAGUAUCAUAUGUAAAUCAAGAUUGUGUUGGUAGAAGGAUUUUAUUAAUCAUUAUGUCAUUAGUGUUAGGAAUGGAAAUUGGAUUUAAGUUUACCAGUAGAACAGUUAUAUAUAUAUUGAAUCCAUGUCAUAUAACUUCAGCAGCACAGUUAUAUUUAUUGGCAGCAAAUCCUAGUCCUACGGUCACAGCUAUCUUUAGGAUACAUUUAAACUUCUUAAAUGGACCACUUUUAGCAUAUUUAUUUCCAGAAACAGAAUCUCGCAGAAUAUUUGCAGAUAAAGCAUUAUAUUACAUUCAACAUGGUUUAAUGGUAGUGAUACCAUAUUAUUUAUUAAGAAUUGGAGGUGUUUAUAAUAUUGAACCUCUAUCAGACAUGAGUUGGUGUAUAUUUAGUUAUGGAAUAAAUUUAGCUUAUCAUUUUUGGAUUAUCCAACCUAUUGCAUUGCCCACACAAGUAAAUCUUAGUCAUAUGUUAUGUGCUGCUAUUUUAGACCCAUUUGAAGGACAAAAUUAUCGAAUGUGGACAUUUAUUCAUCAAGGAUUAUUAUGUCCUUUAUUAUGAAGCGUUAUCGUCAUAGCGAUAGCAAUCGUGUAUAAAUUUGGUAUUAAAUGUGGAAUUGAAUUCGUAAAGAACGAAGAAUGAAAGAAACAUUAAUGUUUAAUUUCAAAUUGCGUAUUAAAUCGCGUUGAUUUGUACAAGGAAUACGAGGUGGAAAAGGUUUAUACAAAGUAUUUCUUGUGUUUAAAUAAAUUAUGAUACCAAGCAUUUGUUUCAUUUUUUUCUUAGAAAAAAAUGUUAAAAUUUAUCAAUCAUUAUGACUCGUCGUGGUAUGCAACAAUACAAACAUUAAAGCAUUAAAAUAAAAUAAUUUAUUUACAGAGCGAUUUACAUUUCUUUUUUUUUUUUUUUUCUUUUUACGUUUGUUUAAAACUCUCAUAUUUCUGAUAUACGUAUGCAAGUAUACUGGUGUUCCAAGCUUAAUCGUAUUACGACUAAUUCAUUCUUUCUCUAAACAUUUGUACAGAAUGUUGUCUCGCAAAUGGGUUAUAUGAUGCAUGCGUAACACGUGUUUUACAAAAUGAUUCUUUUCUUUUGUUUUCGAAUUAUUAUAACUGGUUGAUAUCUAUUAAUAUUGGAAUACUUAAUGCUAUCGUGUAUCAUCAUAGCCACAUCAAUAUUAUGUCGAAAAAAUUGUAAUAAGGCACCACUAUACUCCACAUGUAUAAUAUCAAUAGUUCGUAUUCGAAGUUAACUUAUGUCACGUUUCCUUAUUUUUUUCGAAACGAGAGUAUACUUCUUUUUUUUUUAUGGAGACUUUGAUUGGACCGACGAUCGAUCGAGAGAAAUAUUAAUUCUAAAUCAGUCCGUGAUCCGUAAUGUUUGCUAUUUAUGUAUAUAUGAAUCCAUUAAAUAGAUACAAAACAAGAUUUAUUUCCUUCUCGUACAUCCAUGAUUACUAUAUAUGUAUGUACACGAUUCUGUACAAAAGUUUAGAAAAAAACAUAAUUUCAUCGAAACUACUUGUAACAAACACAAUGACCAUAAUGAAUAUGUACAUUUGAAAUCAUUCUUCACUCGUGAUUUCGUUUACGAAAUACCGUUGAAAUUCUCGGCAUCAAUUAUCGGCGCUAAUGAAUAAUUUUCUAUCUAUAAAUACAUUUCACAGAGCACGAUGUACAAAUUUCACGCGUAGUUGAUACAUAAUUUUCUUAUACUAAAUGCAUAAGCGAAUCAAAAAGUUGAUUACAUCAGUUAAAUAAGAUUUGUUGUGCAUCAAUCACAAUAGUGAUCACAUAAAUAACUUUAUACUGCGAUUAUAAAUAUGUAUGAUUUAAAAUAUGCUUUAAUUUAAUUUUAAAAUAUAUGAUUUCAUAAUUAAAUGAAUAUUUAUACACAAAUUACAUACGUAUACGUAAGAAACAAAAUUCUCAUAGAGAAAAAAAAAAUCAGUUCGACUGUAAUGUCACAUAAAUGAAUUCGACAGGUACUAAUUUUAUUUUUAGUAUUAUUUCGCUUUACUUAAAAAAAAAAAA